AUGAGAUUCCUUACAUUCGGAUUCCUUCUCGCCUCGACGAUCGUUAGCGUCAGCAGUGCUCCCGCCGAUAUCGAUAGCAGGGCUGUCAGUUAUCAAAACAACUAUGAUCAACACUUGGAGGACCGCGAGGAGCGCAAGGAGGCUCGCGACAUCUCCGUCCCCUCCUUCGCCGGCGUCGAGACCACCAGCGGUGUGAUCGCCGACAUUGAGGUCGAGGAGAAUGCUGUCCCCCUGAGGGCCCGCCAGCUUAAGAAGAAGAAGGGCAAGAAGGGCAAGAAGGGUAAGAAGGGCAAGAAGGCGAAGAAGGCUAAGAAGGCCAAGAAGGCUGCGAAGAAGGCCAAGGCCGCUGCUCCCGCAAAGGCUAAGGGCAAGGCCGCUGCUCCCGCCGCCGGUGCCGCUAAGAAGAAGGCUGCCGCUCCCGCUGCCCCUGCCGCCGGCAAGGGUAAGGGUGCCGCUGCUCCCGCUGCUCCCGCCGGUGGUGCUGCUGCUAAGGGCAAGGGCAACGCUCCUCCUGCUGCUGCUCCUCCUGCUGCUGCUCCUCCUGCCGCCGCUCCCCCUGCCGCUGCCCCCAAGGCUCCUGCCGCCGCGCCCGCCGCCAACCCUCCACCCGCCGCCGCCGCCGCCAAGCCCAUUACCCCCGCUCAGCCGGCUGCCGUCGCGCCUGCCCCUGUUGCUCCUGCGAUUCCCGCAGCUUAG